AUGAGUAGCCCAGAGCCACCCACCGAGACCCCCGGGGCCAACGCCCCGACCUGGCUGACCCAGCCCACGUACAGCAACCUUAGUGAGACCCGCGCCCGCCUGCUGCCCUCCAAGGCCUGCUGCUCACCGACAUCUGAGCGCCCCGCUACUGACCCGCAGCCCCUGCCCAAGAAGACCCUGACCAGGGCCCAGUCGCUGCCCACCCACAAGUCCCCCAGCCCCGGCCCCACUCGAGCAGGGCAGCCUCAGAAGCCCCUUCUGGGAUCCCGCAGUGUGCACGAGAGCCAGGCAGGCGACGACAGGGCGGGGCCAGCCUGUCGCCCUGCAGAGCUGCCCUUCUGCUCGCUGGACACGGAGCUGGGCCUCUCUCUCCGCGCGCUGGAGGCCCGGCAGCUGGAGGGCCUCCGCGCCGUGUACGCCCGGCUGCACGCCCGGCUCCUGGGGGGCCUCCCGGGCCCCUGCCGCCCCGGCCACCGCUUCCGCCUCCUGGACAGCUCGCCCUGCGUGGAGAACUGGGACGCCCUCCACCACCGCCUGGUGCGGAGGGACAAGGAGGCGUGGCACCUCCUGGCUGCGAAGGUGCCCAAGCCAGGAGCUGACAAGCCCCACGCGUGUGGGCUAGGGCCGCAGGCCUCGCUGGCCCCGCAUUUCAACCACCAGGAGCUGUGUGGUCUGGCGCCCGAGGGCGCACUUCCCGAGACGCCCUGGAGCAGCCCCGUGGCACUGGCGGCGGAGAUGCCGGAGCUUACGGUGGUCCAGUGGCCUGUGGAGACAGGCGCGCAGCCGCCCGAGGAGUUCGAGGCCGUGCCCCUGGGGCUCCUGCAGCCCUGGAGCGCCCGGAGGGAGGCGCGGGCUGUGGCCCUGGCCGAGCUGCGGCCCAAGAACCUGAUGCUGGCGGCACUGCGGGGCUGCUUAGCCGCCAGGCCCCAGCGCCUGCUGCUGGCGGACUUCGGCCGCGGCCCCCCGGGCCCCCCGGCCGCCCACGCGCGGCAGCUGGGCAGCCCACUCCGAGAGCUGCUUGGCCCGGGCGCAACCUUGGCCACGUCCUUGGCCGUGGGCCUGCAGCACCUGGCGGCCCAGCUGGCCCGCGCGCAGCCCUCGGAGGCCGGGACUCGCGGCGCGGUGCUGCUCUGGGCGCCCGGGGCCGAGCUGCGCGGCCGCGGAGCCCCGCUGGGGUCCUGGCUGCGGAUGCGCCGCGCGCUGCUGGUCCUGCACCUAGCCGAGCGGGCCGUUGGUGGGGAGGUGCCCAGCCUGGAAGACUGGCUGUGCUGUGAAUACCUGGCCAAGGCCACCGAGGACUCCUUGUACCUCGCCCUGGAGCUGCUGUGUAACUGA